CGGAACGGAAUGCAUUUAUGAAUGGGUAACAUUCUAAAGGGCGUGUACUUUAAACAGUGUACCUCUGAGAAUGGUGAACGUUUUCAAGCUAGAGGGAUACAUCGUACACGAAUGAAGUGACAUUCAAGUCAAGUUUUUCAGAGGACGAGAAUUCAAAAGAUCGUGACAGCAUGAAGGUUGCUAAAAGAAGAGUCUACAAAAAUGUCGUAGUGUUGGGACUAGCAUUCUUGUUAAACUUUUCUUCAUAUAUAUCAGCCCAAGCAUUACAAAGUUCAAUCAACCUUGAAGAAGGACUAGGUACAACCGGUCUAGCCGUACUAUAUGGAGUAUUCGUAGUAUCAAAUCUGUUCUUGCCUAAAUUCUGCAUAAGAAAUUUUGGUUGUAAUUACACUAUUGCCAUUAGCUUCAUUGGCUAUGCCGCAUUCGCCGCUGCGAAUCUGUAUGCUACAUGGUGGACUAUUAUUCUUGGAGCAACAUUGUGUGGACUCUCUGCUGGUCCUUUGUGGAGUUCUCAAUCGACAUAUGUAACACAGAUUGGACGUGCGUACAGCUCGGAUAGUGGGGAACUGUGUGAAGAUGUGGUCAGUCGACUGUUUGGAAUUUUCUACACAUUAAUGACCCUUUGUGCAAUCGGUGGAAACAUUGCUAGCUCAGUACUGCUAGCAAAUGUGAAUAACACAACAUAUGUUCCUAUGACUGAGCUAGCACGCUGUGGAGUUGACUUCUGCCCAGCUGACUAUAAUGCUACUAAUGCCCAUCUGACUAGACCACCACAAAAAACAAUUCAAAUACUCAUGGUAAUAUUUAUUGCGUUGAACAUACUUUCCUCCAUUCUUGUCAUUGUUUUCCUUGAUAAGAUAGAUUACGACAAAAAAGAGGAUUCCUCGGAAACAAACCCUGGUGAGAAUAAGGAAACUCCACUAUUGAACGACGAAAAUAAAAGUAAUGAAACAAGGCACCAGUCUGCAGCAUCCCUUGACCUAGCUGGACAAUUCAAAGUUCACCAAGGCAAAGAGGGCGAUAGCAGCGUUAAAGUAGUGAUUACAACACAUGGCCAGACUGAAGAAGAGGGUAUUGAUACGAUCACUGAACAAAAUGUCACUGCAUCUGAGAAGUUAACUGGAACCGUGAAAAGACUGAGUACAAAGGGGUGGAAUGAAGAUCAAUUGACAUUAAGCUGGAGAGAAAGACUGCGGCCAGAACUCCUCAUAGCAACAGUUAAAUUAAUGAAAGAAGUACGACUGAUGCUGAUCAUUCCUCUGGCCUUACUAAGUGGUAUGUUACAUGGUUUUAGCACAGCAGAAUUGACACAGUCGUAUGUAGGAUGUACAGAGGGUAUAUGGAUGGUUGGAUACAUAGCAAUGGCGGCUGGAGUGGCUGCUGCAUUAGUCUCAAUGGUCAUUGGGAAAAUAAAAUCCGUUGCUAGAGUAGUCUCUUUCAUAACUGCUAUUGUUAUGAGUGCAGCAGGUUUGAUUCUCGCUCUGGUGUGGAAAAAUCUCAACGCAAAGCUAUACAUUUUAUUCAUUAUAUCAUGCCUAUUAGGUGCCGGACACAUUGCCUUGGAGAUAGGACUCAAUACUACUCUGGGAUUGCAGUUUAUAGACCACAAUGAGGCGGCGUUUGCCAAUCUUAAGUUGUGGCAGAGUGUAGCUUGCGUAGUAACAUUUGCAUACAGUACAUAUAAUUUGGAAGAGCUAGACCAACAGGAAACAAAAUAUAUUCAGUCUGCUGGCAGGAAAACGACAUUCACGAGAAUGGAGCAACGUGUGCUAUUACUGAUACUGGGUGGACUAGCAUUGCUACAGUGCCACCUAGCAGCUGAGAAGAUGACCACAGAUCAAAGACUCGAGCAACUCUCGAGACAGUUGAUGCUUCAGCAAUUCUUCACUGAGCAGAGGGUGAGGUCUGAGGGGAACAGUGGCAUAAAACAAACAAGGAACAUGGCGACGGGAACAAAAGCCUACCAUCAGAGGACGCACGUGGGCACUGGUAUUGCGGCCAUUCACGAACACGCAAACAAUAUACGAACAGUUGGGAUGGGGGAAUUCAUUGCUGUUCUAAACGGUGUGGAGUUUAAAACGAGACACAACGAUUACAGACUAAGGAUGCCGCAUCCUACGUCUAAUAAAUACCAUGAAAUGGUUGAUGUACCAUUUCCCGAAGUACCUCCACAGGUGAAGAGUCAACCAACCAUAGAGAAACAGAUACUGGAGAUGAGAGAGUGGUUCAAAGCAUGGAAAGAUAAUAACGAUAAAGAAAGAAACUUUAAAGAUUACUUCAAACCCGUCGUCUGCUACUUAGAAGGCUCCUGGACGUCGAGUAACGGACAGAUCGACGAACCAUUCUUUAGCGAUCGCCAUUUUAUUGACGCAAAAGAAUGGAGUGAAUUAAUGGAGAAGGCGCGUUACACAGCACACAGUGGAGGUAAAUCAAGGCUAGAAAACUUCGCAUACCUACCUGUGACAAUAUUCAACGUUAAUAAUGGUACGCCAAUCUUCGCACAAUGGAACUAUCGUAUCGCAUGUCAUCCUAUCAAAACAUUUAUUCCUCUACAUGCUUUUCACCUGGUUGAGGAUCUUAGAACGAGAAUGAAUAUGGAAAACACUCCAGAAGAGCUGUCUUUAACAAGGAGAGCAAGAUUCCAGAUAAACUUCAAGCUACGCCCUGAGAAAAGAUACAGAGAGGAAGCAAGAUCCAGACCAACAUUGUUAGAUGAAAUAAUGAGUGAGGUUCCGGGUAAGGAUAACUACCAGGGUGAUAUCACUGAUGAAACAUUGGAUGGACGCCAAGUACAGUCAACCACUAGAAAAAAGCUUAAUGCAGCAUAUUAUCAUCGAUUCUAUUUGGCAGCUGGUCGAGAUGCCAUGGGGGAUUCAAUACAAAGACGCGGAUUUGCAGACGAUACCGUAUUUAUGGCACGUACAACCCAAGAAAAGAUUCCAGCACUGACACAGAAAAUAUGUCAAAAGAAAAAGAAGAAGAAGACCUGUACGAGUCAUACAUCAAGUUGGACGUAUGCGUUUCCUUUGGAAAUCAUCUGGCUCACUCCUCUAAGCUCGUGGAAUCCAUAUAAUCUGACGAUGCAGAGCAAAAGCAAAAGGAGUUUUGUUGGUGGAAGAAAUGGCAAGAUGACUGAAGAUAAAGCUUACAAUGGUAUACAUGAUAGGUUAUAUUAUAUAACGCCUGCUGAAUUUUAUGGAAAAGAGGGGAAGACCAGCGAUAGAGAUAGGGCAGACACUGCAAAAGGAGUUGUUGGUGUUUUGGACCAAACUGGAGUUGUACGUGCAAUGAAAUCUGCUGGAACAAAGAUCCUCUUUCCGACGAUUCCAGGUGUUGGUCGCUUACGACAACGAUAUCCCAUAAUGCCAGUGCACAUGGAGGGUAACUCCAUCUAUAAAGAGGUUGAAGCACUAACUGAUAUGGUAAUGGAGAUGAAAAAAUAUAUUGGUCUUUACAGAUCCCCACCGGUGGGAGGCAAUGGCACUGUCCCACCUUCUACGUAUACUCCGAUAACUCUACAACUCCAGAGUGCGACACGAGAGACAGUAGGACCGCAUCAACACUCUGUGGAGCUCUCCAGGAGUGAAGUUGAGGAUGCCAUGAAUGGGGAGUUCAUAGAUGUUGUCACAACAAUAAUGUCUGGGCAUGACCAUGAACUACGUAUAGGCUACUCUGAAGGGGAAUGGUUUUUGGUGCAAUGUGAUGACAAAUUGCACUGUUGGGACGGUCAUCCUGAUGUGCUCUUUAGAGAGGACGAGGAGUAGACGAUAUGCAUGUUGUAAUAAUAUACAGAUGAUAAAUUACACAGAUGAUAUACUGUACAUAAUUUGAUAAAAUUGAGUGGGUGAGCGAGAAAAGGCAACCAAAUCUUAAUACCUCAGUCAUCCGGUAUGGGUUCGGAGUCAUAUUUGGCACAAUUGAAC